AAGGGCAAAUGUUAGCAGAAGUUCUUUACAAAAAUACUACUUUAACUUCAUUGGACGUUAGUAAUAAUCAAAUCGGUUAUGAAGGAGUAAAAUUAUUGGUAGAAGCCCUUUGCAAAAAAC